GGAGGAGGGCGCUGGGUGCGGAGGCCCCACCUUUCAUUCCAGAGCUGUACCGGCCUGGGCGGGAUGAGUCACGACUGGCUGGCUCUGCUGUGCACCUUCCAGUAGGUGAGGGACUCCGGACGUCUCUGGGGGGGAAAACUGAGGCGCCUCCUCGUCCUAGCGUUGGCCUUGUCUGGGUGCUGGUCCUGGGUCUGCCCGGUCUGGUCUCCUGGGCCACGGCUGGCUUUCCCUGAUGUAUGGCAAGAGCCCCGCGCGUGUGCUUCCAUUUCUCCUGAGUUUACAGCUCACAGUUGCUGUGGAAAUUUACACCUCCGGGGCUCUGGAGGCAGUCAACGGGACAGAUGUUCGGUUAAAAUGCACUUUUUCCAGCUUUGCCCCUGUGGGAGAUGCACUAACUGUGACGUGGAAUUUCCGACCUCGAGAUGGAGGUCGUGAGCAGUUUGUAUUCUACUACCACAUGGACCCCUUUAGGCCCAUGAGUGGACGGUUCAAAGACCGGGUGGUCUGGGACGGGAACCCCGAGCGGUACGAUGUCUCCAUCUUGCUCUGGAAGCUACAGUUUGACGACAAUGGGACAUACACCUGCCAGGUGAAGAAUCCACCUGAUGUUGAUGGUCUGAUCGGGACGAUCCGGCUCAGCGUUGUGCACACUGUGCCCUUCUCUGAGAUCUACUUCCUGGCUGUGGCCAUUGGCUCUGCUUGCGCACUGAUGAUCAUCAUAGUAAUCGUGGUGGUCCUCUUCCAGCACUUCCGGAAAAAGCGAUGGGCAGACAGUGCUGACAAAGCUGAGGGGGCAAAAUCAAAAGAAGAGGAGAAACUCAACCAAGGAACCAAGGUCUCUGUUUAUGUGGAAGACACAGACUAACACAUUGAGAGUCUGAAAAUUUUUGAGGACAGCAUCAGCACUCCUUGAAAUCGAUGGAAAUGUUUCCAGUGAUGACCUGUCGUCCUACAGGUUCUGCAGCACAAACCUGCCCAGAUGAGCGACGCCCCUGGAUGGCAGCUUUGGGUUCUGCCUGAGCCACUAGACUCAGGCUUACCUUCAUUACUAUGAUUCUAUCUCAUUCCAGAGCGCAAUUGUGCGUUAGCCUUUGCAAACUGAGAGCUUACAUAUUUGUCCUUCCACAUUCCUAUGGUGUGUUGACUCCUAUACUCCUGUGUAUACUGGAUCAGAGGGGGUAAGAAGCCAACUAGCUUGUCUGCCAGGACACACCUUCUUCUCACAUUUUAGUUUCUUUAGAACAGUGCACAGUGUGCUAAGGGUCUGGAGAGAUGGCUCAACUCUCCUCUUGCAGAAGAUCCCAGUUCAGUUCCCAGCACCCAUUGGGUGGCUCACAACCAUCAGUAUCCAGUUCUAGGGGUUGUGACACUCUUCUUUGGUGUCUGCAGGCACCGAAUGCACGUGAUACAUUCAGGCAAGCCCCCUCACCCCCAUAAGAUGAAAAUAACUUAAGUCAUAAAAAGAUGAGCUAAACAUUCCAGCCACUUUUGAUUAAUACCAAAAUCCAAAUUCACACAGGAAGUCUGAUUUUCAUGGCUGUCUUUAAAUGGAAACAUCCUAUUUUACUGAUUUUUUUUUUUUCAGUAUCCUAGGUGUAUUGUUUUGCCAAUUAUUCCAAGGCUUAUAGGUGACAGUGUGAGUCUAAGCACAGUACCUACAAAAGGUCUCAAGAACACCAGCAUGUGCUGCCAGGAUGAAUUGCUCAGCAUCACUUUUGUAUUUAUUUAUUUAUUUUUAGACAGAUUCUCACUAUGUAGUGCUGGCUGGUCUGGAGCUAGCUAUGCAGAGUUGGCCUCAAACCUAGAGACACCCCCUGCCUCAGCUCUCAAGUGCUUCAAUCAAGGGUGCACCACCACAUCUAGCCUGACUGUAGGUUUAUAGUGAGCACAGGCAGCGUGCUUGCUAUAGGCUUCUUUUCACCCCCUCCUCAGAAGACUCUGCUCGUUUGCAGACUGGAGUCCUUAAGCAAUUUAUUAGAAGACUUUGUGAUACACCAUAACUUAAAACAAAACAAAACAGACAAACAAACAAACAGACUUGUGAAGAAGACUGACCCAAAGCAAAUGACCAUUUUUUUUUUUUUUUUUUUUUUUACAGUCGUAUGUAUGAGAACUGGAAGAGAUUAUUUAAAGUUCUUUUGGUUUUAAUUCAACUUAUCUUAAGGAGAAUUUGCCAUGGACCAAAGAAAAAUACCAAAGCUACCUAAGUGGAAUGAACCAAUUUUAUUUUUCCCUUUAUCUGAGUAUAACGUGAACUUUUCAAGUGGCCUAUGGAAAGAGGAGGGAUGGCUUUCUUUCUUGCUUCUGGUUACAGGGUCUGUGCAGACUAGCACCAUGUGGAGAACAGAGAACAUCUAAAGGUUCAGGUCUGGGGCAAAUCUUGGCCAUGUGAUGGUUUAGUUGUCACUGACUGGGCUGCAUAGAUGAUUUCUUUUUAACAAACUGGAAUUUCCAAAAGAUUCUAUGUCUACAUAUUGGAUCUUGAUCUUUUACCCAGUCUUUAAAAACAAAUUGGCAUAAUUUACAUAUAAAUUUUGGUCUUGAAAUUCAUUCUAUAAGUCUUGUUCUGCUUUUUAUAAUGCCUAAAAAAGGUUUUGUCCUUAUUUCUCUCCAUCCCCGUCUCUUAAAAAUUAAGACUGGGUCUCACUAUAUAGCUCUGGCUGUCCUGGAAUUCAUUUUGUAGUCCAGGCUGGCCUUGAACUCAGAGAUCCCACUGCCUCUGCCUCCCUACUGCUAGGAAUAAGGGCAUGCUCCACCGUACCCUGGUCUAAAGUUUUGAUACCUAGUUUUGAAGCUACAAGUUAGAUUUAUAUUUUCUCUUGUGAAUAUUAGCAACUGGAUGGCCUGUGUAUACUUCAUACCUGUAGUGAAGAAGUUAAAAACUCACAGAGAAUGUCUCCAGGGGACUUGCAGCUUGUGUCUUGUUUGAAUACUCAUAGGGUAUCACACUAUUGUCCAGUGUCUCUUUCCUAAGAGUACUUUUGUCCUGUAACUUAUUUUUUAUUAUGCCUGUGUAAAUAAACCCUUAGUAAUAAAGAA